GAAGCAUGGGAAACUCCUAAAGCUAUGUCUGAAGCACGUAAAAGAAAACUAUUAUCAUUUCAAUCAGUGACACCAAGAACAAGGACAAUCGCUAACAGUGAGGAAAACUCUUAUUAUGAUGACGAUGAUCCACCAAACAGCAUAAAAAAAUCAAUCAUAGACGGUAUAAAUUCUGAUUAUGAAGACAAUGAUUCGACUGGAUCGGGUAAUGAUAAUGUUGCUAAUAGAAACAGAUUUGAUGAUAUUGCAGAAAAGUCAUUUACUGAAUACUUAGAACAAUAUGAGGACCCGUUACCUAGAAAAUACAUUAGUGAAAUGUAUGCAGACAAAAAUAAUCGAGAAUUUGAUCAUAAGUAUGGCGUCAGGCUGGAUGACACUAUUGAACAAUUUAUGAUUGGUGAUUCUAAACUAGACUUCAAUGGUGCUGAUAUAUAAUUAUGUGAAAGGUAAACGGUACAAGGGUAGUCAAGGCUUAUACGAAUUGUUAUUUAGAAAAUAUCCCAACAUGAAUUUCUGCAGUUCUGACGAUGUCAAUACCUACAGGCAAAUUGUAUAUAAAACUAAUGCCCACAGAAGGUACUACAGAUCUAAUACUCAAUUGGAUGGGAGUAAACUACAAAAAUAUAAAAAAAUCAUAGCACCUCCUUUAAAAAUGGGCCAAGGAUUAAUGAACAAUAAAAAUAUUACCACGACAAUGGAAUAUUCUAGCAAUGAUAAGGAUUAUAUACUGGGAUGAUCCUAAUGAACUUGUAAGUCGUCUACGCUUAUUGAUUGCAUCACAGGCUGCCGGUCACUCAGGUCAUGGUAAUGAGAUUAAUUCGCUAGUUGAGGAAUUAAGGAAAAGUAAAUAUAUUGAAUAAUGGUUAAAACACAUAAAACGAACAUAAAACGCCAAGUUGUUGAAGAACUACAUAAGCCUGCACGCAGAAAUUUCAAAAGAAGAAAAACCAUUGUGAAAUCUCUACACGAUCUUUUCCAAGCAGAUCUUGUAGAAAUGAUACCAUACUCGAGGGAAAAUAAAAACAAUAAAUAUAUACUGGUUGUGAUAAAUUGUUUGUCGAAAUUUGUUUGGGCUUUACCUUUACAAAAUAAAACAGGUAAAGUGGUAACAAAAGCUAUGGAAAGUGUACUAAAACAAGAAACACCUAAGAAUCUACAAACAGACGCUGGAUUGGAAUUUUUCAAUAAUGAUUUUAAAAACCUAAUGAAGAAAUAUAAUAUCAAUCACUACAAUACAUUCAGCGAAAAGAAGGCAGCCAUUGUCGAAAGAGUAAAUCGAACUUUAAAAAAUAUGAUGUGGAAAGAGUUCAGUCUGCAGGGAAAUUAUAAAUGGAUAAGUAUUUUACCAAAACUGGUAGAACAAUAUAACAAUAAGAAGCAUAGAACUAUUCAAAUGAAACCAGCUGAUGUCACAAAGAAGGAUGAAAGAAGGCUGUUAUCUACUGUAUAUAAUCGCUUGGAAAUUGUAAACUUGGAAACAAAAUUCAAAGUAGGUGAUCAUGUACGCAUUUCUAAAAUAAGAGGUGUUUUUGACAAAAAAUAUCAACCAAAUUGGUCACCUGAAAUUUUCACAAUACGAAAAGUAACAUUAACUAAUCCAAUUACAUAUUUGUUGAAAGAUGAAAAAAAUCAACAUAUUUUAGGAGGCUUUUAUACAGAACAACUACAAAAGGUAAAACAUCCUGAUAGAAAAAAUAUUGGAAAAAAGGGAGACCAUAUCAAAGUCAGAUGGUUGGGAUUCGAUAAGAAACAUGACAGCUGGAUACAUAAAAAGAAUAUUACCUAACAAAUAAUCUCAGUUCAUAUACAGUCUUCUUGUGCAGCGUUUGCAUUCGACAUUCAACAGACAAAAAAAAAUGAUCAUUAUCGACGUUCAAGGCUUUACUUGUGGAUCCAACUUCAUUUGCAAAGAAAUUGCUAUCAUGGAUACUGCAACGGGAUACUGGCAACACAAAUUAGUUAAUCUACCUGCAGAAUUUACAAUGCUCAACAGUAGCACACAGUCACAUAUCAACUGGACUGUAAACAAUUUACAUGGAAUUUCUUGGGAUCUAUCUCCUUCUGAAGAGUCAUGUCUUCAUUAUGAACAAUUGACAUCGUUCAUUAAAGAAAAUGUCCACGAUGAACCAAUUUUUGUCAAGGGACGCUCAAAACAACAAUGGUUGGAAAGACUCAUCACUAAUCACAUCACCAAUCUACAUGAAAUAGGAUGCCCAAAUCUUCGCAAGCUGAAGAAGAUAUUCCAGAAUCGAAGAUACAGACCCCAAAAGUACAGCGAUGGGGAGUGGAAGAUGUGGUGGGCACAAUAUAAUACAGGCGUCACCCACUACUGCGAUUACGAGGAAGUUAGAGCAGAUUUAUUCACUGCUCCACUAGAUUACUCGUUGGGACAUUGUGUUUCGCAAGAUCUGCAAAUGUCGCGAGGCAUCGCUAAAAUAUUUAGGUAUAGUAUAGUUAAACAAGAUAAGAAAGUUUCUGAUGGUAAAGCUCACAAUUUCAGGCAAAAAUACGGCGGCCUGGAGGAACUUCGUGCCCAACAUCUAGCUCCGGGAGGAGUCGGCGUCCUCAAACGUGAGGGUAGAUUGUUGUUCUACAUGAUACUGAAAUAG